GCGCAUAUGGGCGCAUGACGUAAGCGGUUCUCGGUUAUGUGCGUAUGAAGCUCUCGGGGAAAAACUGGCAUCAUUAGGUAGUAACAGCUGAUCAUUCUGCGACGUGAGAUUAAAAAUGUUACGUUCCGUUACGAACAACGUUCCCCAGGGACUCGUGUCCCUGGUGCGCAGCAAUGUUGCAGCAUCAGGAUGCACUGCUGCUACAUCAAAGGUUCAGGCUAAGCAUAUGGCUACGGAAUCAUCUGUGCAGAAGGCUAAAGCGCCGCUGCCGGAGAAGACUAAGGUUGAACCCUACAGCCCCUUUCAGAACACCAGUAACAUGGCAGAGUACGCUUUAGCUAGAGUGGACGACCUGUUAAAUUGGGGACGAAAAGGAUCAAUAUGGCCAAUGACCUUUGGUUUAGCUUGUUGCGCAGUGGAAAUGAUGCACAUUGCGGCACCUAGAUACGAUAUGGAUAGGUUCGGUGUCGUAUUCCGUGCUUCGCCUCGACAGUCAGACGUGAUUAUAGUUGCUGGUACUUUGACGAAUAAAAUGGCACCAGCUUUGAGAAAGAUCUACGAUCAGAUGCCUGAACCACGAUGGGUUAUCUCCAUGGGAAGUUGUGCAAACGGAGGCGGAUAUUAUCAUUACAGUUACUCUGUGGUCAGAGGUUGUGACAGAAUUAUACCUGUGGACAUUUACGUGCCUGGUUGUCCCCCAACAGCAGAGGCAUUAUUAUAUGGUAUUCUACAGUUACAGAAAAAAAUAAAACGUAUGCAGACUACACAAGUUUGGUACAGAAAGUAAUGUACAGUAUCUCUGACUUCUAUAGUGACAAGUGUAAAUUAUUUGAGAAUUGUAAAAAUAAUUGAUAUAAUUAAGUAAUAGAAGAAUUAUAUAGGUUCUUCACAAAAGAAUGUGAUUGAUAAAAUAAAUCACAUCUUAAU